GUGGCGUAGCUUUCUAAGACAGCCGACUAGUCAAAGAAUUGGGUAAAACCUUUAGAGCACAAUAUUCUAUAUAUAAAAGCCAAAGAGACUAUUGUAUGUAACUAGAUCCUCCAUAGCUAGAAAGUCAAUUACUGAAUCCUCUUCUGAGAUAUGAAAGAGAUAUAGCUAGAAAUAUCUUUGGUUUUCCUGAGCAGCUAGGUUUGGUUCACCGUUUCCAUAAACCCAUCUUGGGCAGUUGUCAAUAUCUGAAGCUUGUAAGGCUUCUGCAAUUAAUGCCGUUUCUGUGACUCAUUUGGCUGUGUUGUGAAGCCUAGUUUGGUUCUAUUAUUAUGCAUGAAGCCAUUCAAGUUCAUGGAGGGAGUUUCAAAACACAAACGCUCCAAUAGUGACCCGGUGAAAAGAAAGGUUGGGAAGGAUAAAUUGAAUAGCAUCAUCUUAGCUCCUUACAGACUUGGAAAUUGAAGUCUCUACAAUUACAAGUAUUCUUGUUCUUUAAUAGAGAGAAAUGGGAAGACCAAACAGCUGUGUCGAAGAGCAACCCAAUUGUUCUGAUGUUCAAGGUUCCUUAAAUCAGGAGAUUUUACAGCUUCAAAAACAAUUGCAGGACCAACUUGUGGCACGUCAUGCUUUAGAGAAGGCUUUAAGUUAUCAGCACCUAUCAUACGAUGCUACGAUCGAAGACUCACUCCCAGAGUCUGCCAAGGACCUAAUAAAGGACAUUACAGUUUUAGAACUAGAAGUUGUCUUUUUGGAGCGCCAUCUUCUAUCCUUAUACAGGAAAACGUUUGAUCAACUCAUACCAUCUGAAUUGACUGUGGCCGAAAGACAGAGUUCUUCUUCAGUCACACAUAAAGGAAGUUAUAAAGAAGUUUCUGGACAAGAUGUUACACCAGAAAGUAACAAAAUAAUCACCUACGCUGAUGAUCUUACAUUGCCUCGGAGUACAUCUGGCAAACCAUUCAAGGAAUGCAACGGCAUAUGGGAACCAGAAAAACUGUUAGAUUUGAGCAUUCAUCGUUGCUAUUCCUCCCUGUCUCAGCGUUCAACUUGUUCACCGAAAACUUCUCCUCGAACAAAAUGUCAAACUAAAAAUGGAGAUUCAUACCACUCCUUACCUUUCUCAAUGCUAGAGCAAGCGCAGUUUGCAACUUCAAAUUUAUAUGCAGAAGAACAUCUUGGAAGUUAUUUCUCUGAUCAUGUUCCAGAAACACCAAACUGCCUUUCUGAAGAAAUGAUCAAGUGCAUUUCAGCAAUAUAUUGUGAACUUGCUGACCCGCCUAUUAUCAAUAACGGUUACACUUGCUCUCCAAUCACAUUCUCAGCACCAAUGCAUGACUUUUCGUCACAGGCUGAAAGUGAAAAGUGGAGUUCCCGGCGCACGAAAAUUCCGUUUUUCAAUUCACAAUCUGAAAAGCCUAUCCACUUUGAAGGAUCAGAAGAAUUGAGUGGACCUUACUGUAGAAUGCUAAAGGUACAGUGCAUCAGUGAGGAUACGGAGAAGUUAAGAGAUGUUGAACACACACUAAAGAAAUUUAGCUCACUUGUUUAUCAGUUGGAAGGAGUGGAUCUCAGAAAGAUGAAACAUGAAGAGAAGUUAGCCUUUUGGAUUAACGUGCACAAUGCACUCGUUAUGCAUACAUUUUUAACAUAUGGGAUUCCACAAAAUUAUUCAAAAAGAGUUUCAUUGCCACUCAAGUCUGCAUAUAAUGUGGGAGGUCACACCAUAAGUGUAGACAUGAUACAGAGGUCCAUUUUGGGGUGCAGAUUGCCUCGUCCUGGACAAUGGCUGCGGCUGUUGUUUACCAUGAAAACAAAGUUCAAGGCUGGAGAUGCACGCAAAUCGUAUGCAAUUGAGCAACCCGAACCUCUCUUGCAUUUUGCACUCUGCUCAGGAAGCUAUUCCGAUCCUGCGGUACGUAUGUACACAUCAAAGAGAGUGUUUGAGGAGCUGGAAACUGCAAAAGAGGAGUACAUCCAAUCAACCUUCCUUCUGCACAAGGAACAGAAAAUCCUUCUUCCAAAGAUUGUGGAGUCAUUUGCAAAGGACUCAGGAUUAUGCUCUGCCGGUUUGGUAGAGAUGAUUGAGCAUUUACUGCCUAACUCUGAAAGAAAAAGUAAUCACCAGUGCCAACAGAGAAGAAUAUGGAAGGCAAUUGAUUGGAUUCCUCACAACUUUACUUUCCGCUAUCUUAUCCCAAAAGAAGUAGCUUGGUGAUCUCCUACAUUGUUGAGUGAAGAGUUCAGAAUGGAAAUGAAUCACAACUUCUCAAGAGAUACACACUCGUCUAUCAGCAGAGUGAUGAUCAAAGGUGCUCAAGCUUGUUGAGCUUGAGUUAUUUAUGUGCUUGAAAUGAAAAGGACUUAUUAGAAGAGAGGUAAAAAAGAAAAAAAAAAAGGUGUGAAGUAUUGUACUCGUGAGCUUGAGCUUGUUUGAUCACCGGUCUUGUUGGAGUGUGAUGGUGGUGAUCCUGAUUUUUGCCUGCUCUUUUUCCAACAUUUUGCAGUAGGUUUUGUAUGUAAGAACCAAAUGAAAAUAGAAGCUUGGGGAGCUGUAAUUGAGAUAAGCGAGCAAUUUUUUUUA